AUGAACCGACAGCAGCAGCAGCAGCAGCAGCAGCAGCGCCCGGGGACAAUUAGGGUGGGUUUGUCUCUGGCUCAGAGCAGCUUCUUUUCAGGAGAUGUCUUCCGGUGUAUCUUCACUCUAGAAGCAGCAGCAGCAGCUACUUCACCAGCAGCAGAAGCAGCUGCAGCAAGAAUAGCAGCAGCAGAAGCAGCAGCAGAAGCAGCAGCUGCAGCAGAAGCACCAGCAUCAGCACCAGCAACAACAACGCCAACGCCCCCAGCAGCAGCAACUACAGCAGCAGCAGCAGCAGCAGCAGCAGCAUGCGAGGUUGAGGCAGUAGUUGUUCAGGUUUGUGGGGUCGUGUGCUGCCCCAAGAGAAUAGACAGCGGAGGUCGUGCUGCUUUUCUUGCUGCUUUAAAGCAGCCGCAGCAGCAGCUGUACAGACACCUGGCUGCCCCUUGUGUAAUCACGUGCAGCCCCUUUGCUGCUGCUGCUGAAGCACAAGCAGCAGCAGCAGAAGCAGCAGCAGCAGAAGCGGCAGCAGCAGCAGCAACGGGGAACCUGCCUAGCCGUCCCCCUGCCUUCCCAGCGCAUGAACAGCAGCUGCAACAGCAGCAGCAGCAGCUGCUGCUGGUUGAUCCUGCUGCUGCUGCAGUAUAUGGAGACAGCAGCAAACUGCUGUUCUUAUCUGAUCCUUGCGUCUUAGCGCGCAAUGUAUGUUUGUCUCCUCAGAGCAACAGCAGCUGCUGCUGCCCCAACAACAGCUGCUGCCCGCAGCAGCAGCAGCAACAGGAGCAGCAGCAGCAGCAGCAGCAGCAGCAGCAGCAGAGGGGUCAAAGGCGACUGGCGUUUGAGUUUGAAUGCACACUUCCUCCUUUCUUGCCUCCAUCUCAUCGUUCUGGUGUGUUUGUUUAUUUUUUAGUGCUGCAUGUCUUCCGUUCUGCUGCUGCUGCUCCUGCAGCAGCAGCAACAGCAGCAACAGCAGCAGCAGCACAACACGCCACGCAUGCUGUUGCUUCCAUCCCAAUCUGGGUUAGCUGCUGCCCCCUGCCGGAUAUCCCCCUGCUACCCACACUAGGCCCUCCUAUUAUUCCUGCUGCUGCUGGUGCAGCAGCAGCAGCAGCAGCAACAGCAGCAGCAGCAGCAACAGAAGCAGCAAUAGCAGCAGUAAUGCCCGCAGCAGCCGCCACUGAAACGGCGACAGCAGAGCACCAACAGCAGCAGCAGCAGCAACAGAAGCAGCAGCCACAGCAACUGCAUGAGCAGCAGCAGCAACAGCAACAACAACAGGAGCAACAACAGCAGCAGCAACAACAACAGGAGCAGCAACAGCAGCAGCAACAACAACAACAACAGGAGCAGCAACAGCAGCAACAACAACAGGAGCAGCAGCAGCAGCAGCAGCAGCAGAUGAAGCAGCAGCCCUCUGAGUCCUCAUUGUGGCAGCAGCUGCCUGCGUUGCUGCUGCCGUUUGCCCCUGCACCAAGAGCUGCUGCAGCAGCAACUGCAGCAGGAGAAGCAGCAGCAGCAGCAGCAGCACCAGCUGCAGCAACAACAGCAGCACAAGCAGCAGCAGCGGAUGAGCCCCCUCUUUCUCACGUGUCUAGCACAGACGUAACAACCACAGCAGCAGCAACAGAAGCAUCUGUAGUUACACCUGAAACAGCAGCAGCUGCUGCUCCUGCUGCUGCAGCAACAGCAGCAGCAAAGCGCACGGAGACCCCGCUUCAAUCCCCAGUGCAGAGUGAGGACAGCAGCAGUGCAUCACCAGCAGCAACGGAAGCAGCAGAAACAGCAGCAGCAGCAGCAGCAGCAGCAGCAACGGAAGCAGCAGAAACAGCAGCAGAGGAGGCAGCAGCAGCAACAGCAGCAACGGAAGCACCAGCAGAAGCGGCAGCAACAGACGCAGGAGAGACGCUCACAGGAGAACAAGUACUUCCUCCCUGCAGCAGCAGCAGCAGAAGCAGCAGCAGAAGCAACAGCAGCAGCAACAGCAGCAGCAGUAGAAGGGGCAGCAGAAGGAGAAGCAUCAGCAGCAGGAGCAGCAGGAGCAGCAGCAUAUCGAGCUCUUCAGUGUCUCUAUCUUCGCAGCUGCAUGUGCUGCGUUGCGUAGCAGAAGGGGAGUAUCUGGAGCCUGGAGACAGCUGCAGCAGCCGCAGCAGCAGCAGCAGCAGCAGCAGCAGCAGCAGCAGAGACAGCUUUCGUAUAACUGCUGCUAUUGCUGCAGUAGAGCAGCACCUGCUGCCGCAGCAGCAGCAGCAGCAGCAGCAGCAGCAGCAGCAGCAGCAGCAACAGGUGCUGCAGCAGCAGGCGCGCAUAGUUUGGAGUGAAAGCGACUUCGUGCUGCACAAGGAGACUGUCUCCUUGGUGUUGUUUGUUCCUGCUGCUGCACCUCCUUCGUUUAAAACAGAUUUGCUGCAGAUAUCUUACUCUCUAGUUGUGCGUUUCACCUGCCCUCUGCAGCAGCAAGAUCAGCAGCAGCAGCAGCAGCAGCAGCAGCAGCAGCAGCAAGAUAAGCUGCAGCCGCUGCCUGCGCGUGUACGUUCUUCUGAUGUCGCUAAUUUAGUAUGGGAGCUGCCAAUUGUAGUUACACCUGGAGAAGGGGCCCAGCUGCUGCUCCAGCAGCAGCAGCAGCAGCAGCAGCAGCAGCAGCAGCAGCAGCAGCAAGAGUGGUGGCUGGGGGACCUGCUGAGGGACUCCAGCAGCGCCAGUGUGCUGCUCGGUGUUGCUGCAGCGCGUGCCCGCCGCGAAGUGCUGCUCUGA